AUGUAAACAAAAGUUCCCCCGGGACUGCAGAAGAACAGUCAGAUGAACCUGAUGGCCCCCUUCCUGGCUCAGCCGGUGACCAAGAAACCAAAGUAACAUUAUCUCCAGCCAAAAUGUCAACGAAGAUGUCUACCGAUCUAAUUGAAUAUGUUGACAAGGAUCACUCUUUCCUUCCUGUCAUUCCAAACGUCCAGAGAAGUCAACUAGAAAACAGGCUGAACACCCAGGAGCGCACCAUAGCUUUCCUCCUUGAACAAGCCUUCCGCAUCAAGGAGGACCUCUCGGCUUGUCUUCAGGGGACCCACGGCUUUCAAAAAGAGGAGUCACUUGCCAGGAAGUUAUUGGAAAACCAUAUCCAGACUAUCACCAGCAUUGUCAAAAAACUCAGCCAAAACAUUGAGAUUUUAGAGGACCAAAUAAGAGUUCGAGACCAGGCGGCCACAGGAACUAACUUUGCAGUACAGGAGCUAAAUAACAAACACCUUCAUGGAGUUGGAGACCUUCGAGGAAGAGUAGCCAGAUGUGAUUCCAGCAUUGUGAAGCUUUCUGGAGACCUUCAUUUCAUCAGGCAUGAGUACCGACAAAUUGAAAAAACAAUUCAAGAGCUCAUGUCUUCCCUACAAACUAUUUCUAAGAACUUGGAUAUGAAGGUAAUACAGCUCUUAGGAAAGAUAGAGGCUUCCAGUUCUGAACAAAUCUCAAAUUUAAAGACGGUCCAGGGGGAUUAUCACCAUGAAAUGAACCUGUUGGAGUUCAAAUUUAAUUCACUCUCAAAUAAUCUGUAUGAGGAAGUUGAGAAAAUUAAAAAAUGGAUAGAAAACCAGUUCAUCAAAUAUGAAAAAGACCAGCUGGGCCAAAUGAACCAGUGUCUGAAGCGCGUACAGGAGAAGCUGGAGAAAUCUGAAAAUAAAAUGGAAGAAAAAUUACUGCAGCUUUCCAGCAAAUUAGGGAAUUUCAUUAACACACACAAACAGGAAGCAGAACCAAGCAAAGCAAAGCAUAUAGAGAACAAACUGUCUAAAAAGAUGAGCCAACUGGAAAAGCACAUCUGGGAUGAAUUAGAGAAAAUGCAGAAUGAGUAUCAAUCAGGAUUUAAAUCGAUUCAUGACUCUCUCAGCUCCCUCCAACAAAUACACCAGACAAAGAUGGAUUUAGAGAUAUACAAAGUACAGAAAGACCUAAAGAAAUUACAGCGUAAGAUAGUGGAAUUCCGGGAAGCAUAAACUUUCUAGUCAUCUUCUUUUCACCAGCCAGUGGAGUGCUUUGUUGGUAAAAGUUGGGAAGAAGAAAGGUAAUAUCUCUGAAUGUUUAUUGCUUCUACUAUCUCUGUAUUUCUUACCACCUUUUUAAGGAAAUGAAUGUAUCAAAAAAUCUAAUAAAACAAAGAAGCUUUAUGAA